AUGGAGCCAUCUCCAUCUACCCCCAAACCUCCACAGAAAGCCGUUCCGAGACUGGCUACAUUCGGCUGGCGAGCUAUGCUGAUCUUCAAUCUCGGUCUCGCAGCAUAUAUAUUUGCGAGAAAACACGAAAGGGACAUUGAGGCUGGAGAGAAAAAAGGAUUUAAAAAGGGCUCUAAAGCUGUGAAAAAGGGUGUUUUUGUCAACACCGAGGUCGACGAGGAAGCUGCAGAAGAAAACAGCAAAGUUGCAGAAACUGAUUUGGCUAGGGAAGCAGAAAGUGUGGUGAUGAUACCGGAGAAGGAAGAAGCCAAACCGAUCACUAAACCGGAUCCACUGUUUGAGUUUACAAGUGCAGCUGAUCAGCUGGUGUUUCAGACUGCAGCGAGCGAGCCUGUGCAGCAGGUAGCAAGGAAACCAAUUCCAGAAGAUGAGCAAAGGGAGCUUUUCAAGUGGAUCUUGGAAGAGAAAAGGAAGAUUCAACCAAAAGACAGGAAAGAGAAGAAGCGUAUCGACGAAGAGAAAGCUAUCUUGAAACAAUUCAUUGAAGCUAAGAGGAUUCCCAAAUUUCUCCCUGAUGAUUCCGUUGAUUCUUCGCUUCGUGAUUGGGACAAAUUCUUCUCCAAGUAG